CAAUACUUUAAAAAUGAACCAAGCAAUAAUAAUAAUGGCUAUGGCGACCACGGUCCUAGCGGUGCUCGGACACGCCCUCGACUGCGCUCAGGUUGACUCCGCAAUCUCCCCUUGCCUCACCUACCUCCGAGACGGCGCCGCCGCCGCCGCUCCUCCGAGGGAGUGCUGUGACGCCGUUAGAAGCCUAGUCAGCAUAGCCCCGUCGCAGCAGGAACGCCAGACCGCCUGUGAGUGCCUCAAGGCUGCCGCCGCCCGUACACCCAUCAAGGCCGAUCUUGCCGCCGGCCUUCCUGCGGGAUGCGGCGUUUCUACCACUGUUCCCAUCAGUCCCGACGUGAACUGUCAAAACGUGGGAUGAAAAGAUGUGGGGCGAUGAAAGACUUUGGAUGAGUCGUAUAUUUAAUCAACAAUAACAAAUAAGGACUUUGUUAUAGUUUACAUAAAGUGUUACUGUGUAU